AAGCAAAUCUAGAGUGAUCACGUGACGCGGAGACCCCUUCUCGCCAAAAUGAUGUGCUGUUAUUCCUGUCCCUGUUGCUGUCCACUCCUUCGGGACUUUUUCUUUCUUCCCUUCGCUCUUUUGUCAAUCAUUUUUGACUGCUUGAAUUGAAUCGCGCGACAUUGGUUGUGUCUCGACCCUUUCCCCCACGAAUUCGCUGCCAUUGUUCGCGUGCUGUUGGUAUCGUGGCCAUUCAAGGAUCGUCGCUGGUCGUUCGACCCGUCCCUUAUUGCGCCUCUCCUUUUUCACGACCUGGGCAUUGCCCGUAUACUCUCGUUUCAUCCACGUCCUCGACAUCUCUUCUAAUUCGCCACAAUGAAGCUCUCUCGCCUCCUGUUCCUCCUCCCCGCCGUCUCGACCGUCGUCGCAGACCUCGCUCCGAACCCUGUGAUCCCGACACAAUCCGCCCUCGCCCAGCGAGACGUCACAAAUGCCAACGGGGAGGUAGUCGGGGCCUCCAAGGCUGGGUCUAAGGGGACGCUGGACGCCCCUGUGGAUGGAUACGCGGGGAAUAAAGAGACAGAGCAGGGGAAACCCGUGAAGGGACGCGAGAAGUUCGAUGCGACGGUUUCCUCAGCAGAGGGGGCUAAGAAAUCAAAUAAUGGGGUGACGGGCGCGGAAAAGGACAUGUCAGAGAAGCAAUUAGGCGUAAAGAAAGUGCCGGAGGGGCCGAAGGAGGCGCCUCCGUUGCCGUAUAGUGAGCAAAAGAAGGCUUUGGAGGAAAGUGCUGGUGGGAAGGGUACAAAGGGCGUGCCUGCGAAACCCAGCACUCCUCCGGAAACCUACGACGUCGCGACCCCGAAAUCCGCAACAUCGUCAAAAGAUACGUACACGGGCACGAAAGGCACAUCUUCGAAGAGCAAGCUGGAAUUGGAUGAACAACCAGCUGCGGAUCCUUUGCACUCGCUCGUCUUUUCUUUCACAAUGAUCAUAGUUUCCGAGAUUGGCGACAAGACUUUCUUGGUCGCGGCCCUUAUGGCCAUGAGACACCCUCGUCUGCUUGUCUUCUCCGCAGCCUUUUCCGCUCUGAUUGGCAUGACCGUCCUCUCCGCUAUCCUUGGACACGGAAUUCCUACGCUCAUCCCCAAGACUUUCACCAAGUUCAUGGCGGCUUUGUUGUUCUUCAUUUUCGGUUUGAAGAUGGUCAAGGAAGGCCGCGAGAUGUCUCCUGAUGAGGGCGUGGGCGAAGAGAUGAAGGAAGUCGAGAUGGAGCUCGAAGAAAAGGAACAGGAGCAGAUUCGUCUGGGCCGUCGCCGCUCGUCAGUCACGCCACACUCGUUGGAAGCAGGCCGGGGUCGCUCUUCCAAGAACCGUAUGCCGUCGCCUCCCGAGUCUCUCUCAUCGUCCUCGUCGCGCGAGUCUUCUCCUAGCCCUGGUCGCCGAUGGAACGAUAUGCUCGUUGGGCUGAACAACCUCUUUUCGCUACUGCUGAGUCCCGCCUGGGUGCAGACCUUCGCCAUGACCUUCCUCGGAGAAUGGGGCGACCGGAGUCAGAUCGCGACAAUUGCGAUGGCUGCCGGACAGGACUAUUGGUGGGUGACUGUGGGCGCGGCUACGGGACAUGGUAUCUGCACGGCUGCUGCCGUGAUUGGAGGAAGUGCUAUCGCUGGAAAAGUUAGCAUGCGCGUUGUGACUCUGGGUGGUGCUACGGCCUUCCUCGUAUUUGGCGUCAUAUACUUGAUCGAAGCGCUCUAUGAAUAAUUUCUGUCAUCGGAUUGGUGGUUGUUGUAGAUUGGAGUAACAAAAACCUAGCAUCUAGCAUGGACUUCUAUACAUGUUUUAAUAUGAUAUUCUGUAAUUAUUGCCAUACCAUACUCUAGGGUUAGGGUAUUCUGCCUGGGGCACCCAUGUGCACGCUGAGUCAGCAACCCCUAGACUUCCUCAAAGCGCACCACUAAAG